AUGAGUGCACAUGCGGACGCAGACGCAGCCGGCCUCGAGCAAGCAGCCCGCAGCCAGACCGGCGGCGGCGAAGAUGAGACCACGCAGACCUGGUUCGAGCACUCGACGGCGAAGCGCAUCCACACCGACACGCUCAUCGCCCAGACCCUCGCCAAGCAGUACCCGAACCUGGACCUGGUGAUCGCGCCGCCGACCAACGGCCUCAACCUGCUGGCGUACGCCAACUCGGGCCACGCCAGCUACGAUGCCGUCGAGGAGACCGGCACCGUGUUCCCGAGCACCCUGUCCUGGACCAUGUACGCGGCCCCGGCGCGGCGGAUCGACGGCAGCAUGGGGCGCCUGAUCGAGAAGCUCAACUUCGGCAAGUUCGUCUACAAGUGGAAGGACGAGGAGUUCGUCCUGUACAUGGCCGACUGCCGCGACGGCACCAUGUCCUACCCGCAGCAGACCAACCACUACAUCCUGACGGCCAAGCGGCAGCAGGCCGAGGCGCUCAUCCUCGAGGCUGGCCGGUGGGCCACCGAGCUGCACGGCGAGCUCUUCGUCUUCGACCAGGGCGGCUGGCAGAAGAACGCCGAGCUCUACCGCAGCGUCAUGAAGGCUUCGUGGGAUAACGUCAUCCUCGACGCCGACAUGAAGAAGGCCAUCAUCGACGAUCACCUCAACUUCUUCGAGUCCAGGAAGACGUAUCAGAGGUUGCAGGUGCCCUGGAAACGCGGCAUCAUCUACUAUGGCCCGCCGGGGAACGGGAAGACUAUUUCCAUCAAGGCCAUGAUGCACACGCUCUACAGCCGCGACGAGCCUGUGCCGACGCUGUACGUGCGCUCUUUGGUCUCUUAUGCCGGUCCAGAGUACUCGUUGAGGAUCAUAUUCGAGAAGGCGAGACAGUUCGCCCCAUGCUAUCUGGUCUUCGAAGAUCUCGACUCCAUCGUCUCGGACAAUGUGCGGAGUUACUUCCUCAACGAAGUCGAUGGUUUGAAGAACAACGACGGUAUCUUCAUGAUUGGCUCCACGAACCACCUUGAUCGCUUGGAUCCGGGUAUCUCUAAACGGCCCUCGCGCUUCGACAGGAAGUACCUCUUCCCUGACCCCAACCUGGGCGACCGCAUCGCGUACUGCAAAUUCUGGCAGUCCAAGCUAGCCGACAACGACGACAUCAAGUUUCCCGACAAGCUCUGCACGGCCAUCGCCGAGAUCAUGGACAAGUUCAGCUUCGCCUACAUGCAGGAGGCCUUCGUAGCGGCGUUACUCGCCAUCGCCAGAGAAACCGAGAGCACGCUGCCCAGCAAGGAGGUGGUGACGCGCGACAUGGACGACGGGUGGCUGGGAGUGAGUCUCGUCGACGGCGACGAUGGCUUGAACGAGCUGGUGCUGUGGGUGGAGAUCAAGAAGCAGGUUGAGAUUCUGCGGGAGGGCAUGAAGGAGAAGAGAGCGGCUGCGAUGGGCAGGCAGAAGCCCAACUGGGGUGUAUCAGUAAAGGGAUCUUUCACUUUGAAGAGGGGUUAG